AUGAGUAAUUGUUAGGAACAUGUGCAAAAUCAAAUUAGUAUUAUAUGCGUAAAUCCACAUAUAUGUCAACAAAAUAGAAAACUUUGCGUAGAAUGUUUAGAACAACACCACUAUGAACCCUAAUAUUCUAUUCUUCUAAAAAAAUUUUCAGAAAUUGUUCAACAGAAAUUCGUAGGUUUCGUACCUUUAGAUUAGUCAAUAAAAAAAAAGAUAUAAGCUGAUUUCGAUUUAAUUUUUGAAAAGUUGGAAAAAAGAAUAAAAACAAUAUAGAAUGAAUUGGAUUAGAAAUUGCAUAAUAGCUUCAAAAUAAUAGAACUAAAGGAUUAAUUGUAUCUUAAAUUGAGAGACUCAGAUGUCUUGGAUUUAACUAAUACCGAAUUGAACUAAAUAGUUGAAAUAAUUUAAGACAAAGAGGCAAUUCCAAAAUGGUAGAAAUUAAAAAGUUCACUUUCUAAAACCAUAAUUGAGGCCAUCAGUAAAAGUGAAGAAUCAAUAAAUUCUUUGAAAUCAUAAAUAUAGGAAUUUUAGUAAGAUAGACAAUAAGAAUAUAACUGUUUAACUUUCGAUUCUCUCAGCGAUAGUAUCGUCAAAAAGAAAAUCAAAAUCAAAUAUUCUAAAGACCAAAUAGAGUAUCUGAUGGACGGUUAAAUAAUAAGGAGGUAAUAAUUUGAAUUCUAGCAGGUAAAAGUGAUAAAAUUUAAAAUAUCUAACAGAACCCCGAUAUGCUUCAAAAUUUAGAAAAAAUUUGCCAUCUUUAAUGGAUUGGCUAAUAUAAAUAAAAAAAUUAAAAGUAAGGAAAAUGGAUUGCAAAUUGGAACGGAGAGAAUCUGUCUAAUGUAGGCGGUUUGUACCAAAAUGAUGGAAAAAAAACAGGAUAAUGGACGGAAUUGAGCAAAAAUUUUUGUAGGUUAUUGAGAUAUUUAUAUAUUUUAGCAAAAGUUAAAUUUAUGAGAUUGGAUAAUAUAACGAUAACUAGAGAGUAGGUAUUUGGAAGCAAGUUAAUGAUUUUUAAGAAUUGUAAUCAAUUAUUAUUAAUGAAAUAGAGGGAGUGGCGAAUACAAUGAAAAGGGUGAAAAAAAUGGUAAUUGGAGAGAAGUUUCGGAUGGAUUUUGGGAUUAAGCUUAAGUGAUUUAUGAGGGUAAAUAUUUAAAUGGUGUUAAAAUUGGUUGUUGGAAUAUUUAUUCAACAAAUGAUAAAUUAAUUUAGAUGUAUUAAUAAAAUAUAACAUGUGUUAGUGGAGGUGGAUCAUAUGAAGAAAUAAGCAGUGGCAAAAAGAUUGGAAAUUGGAUUGAGAUUUCUGAAAGAUUUUAUAAUUAACCUCAAGUAAUUUACAAAGGUUAGUAUGAAAACGGAAAAAAAAAAGGUAGAUGGGAUAUUUUUUAUGAAAAUCAAAGGAUGUAGCAAUUCAUAUAUUAUUAUUAUUCUAUAGUGGUGGCGGAUAGUAUGAUGAAGAAUUUAAUGGCAAUAAAAUUGGUUAUUGGGAGGAGCUGUCUGAUAACAUCGCUAAAUCCUCUUAAAUAACCUACAGAGGAAAAUAUAGAUAAGGGAAAAAGGUUGGGGAAUGGUAGAUUAUUUUGCAGUAAUAAAAUCAACAGAUGUAAAAUAAUUUUAUAAAGUGUUUAUAUAAAGUGGAGGAGGAUUCUAUGACGAAAACGGUAAUGGGAGCAAAUUGGGCAAAUGGGUGGAGCCUUCUGACAGAUUUUAAGUAAAUUCAUAAGUAACAUAUGUUGGAGAAUAUAAAAACAGAGUAAAAGUUGGGGAAUGGAAUGUUUGGUCUGAAUUGGAUGGAUAGAACUAAAGGAUGUAAAUUCAUUUUAUAACUUAUUAAUAUUUAGAGGAGGAGGAAGAUAUGAUGAAAAGGGAACUAAGGUGGGCAAUUGGAUUGAGCUAUUUGAUGGUUUUUAUCAAGAUUUAUAAGUAACAUAUAAAGGAAAUUAUUAAAAUGGAGAAAAAAUUGGGCGAUGGGAUAUUUGGUAAAAAUAGCAUGGAAAGUAACAAAAGAUGUAAAUUAAUUACGCAAAAGUUUAUAUUUAGCGGAGGAGGAUCAUACGACAAAAAAGGGAGUGGGAUUAAAUUGGGUCAUUGGAUUGAGCUUUCUGAUAAUUUUGAUAAGCUACACUAGGUAACUUAUAAGGGAGAUUAUAACAACGGUAAAAAAGUUGGGUAUUGGGAAGCUUGGCAUGAUGCAAUCUAGAUGUAUUAUAUAUAUGUAUAUACUAGUGGAGAGGGAGAAUAUGAUGAAGAUUCUAUGAAGGUAGGUUCUUGGAUAGAAAUUUCUGAUAAAUUUAAUAAUGAAAUUUAAGUAGUAUAUAAGGGCGCAUAUGAGAGAGGAAACAAGAUUAAUAGAUGGGAUACUUUGAAUUUUAGAAACGUGAUGUAUAAAAUAUAUAAAAUUUACUUAAGUGCUGGUGGAUAAUAUGAUAGUCAAGGAUAUGGAAUCAAGAUUGGUGAAUGGGUAGAAGCAAUAAAUGACUAUUCAAUUUAUUACAAAGGAUCUUAUUUAGAUGGAAAAAAGUUUGGUUCUUGGGAGGUAUUUGCAAUAGGUUACAACCAAGAGAAACAGUCCUUAUAAAAAAUAGAUGAAUAAUAUUUUUGA